AACCGCCAGGAGAAGAGUUGAAGGUAUUCCAAACCAUAGUCGAAGAGUACAUUAACGAAAAUGAUGAUGAAGAUUACCAGCUCAUUAAUCAAACGUGGGAAAUUAACCAUAGGAUGGAAUGGACCAACCAAGAACUAGAAGACCUAUACAAUUAUUAUGAACAACAACGGCUGGAAUUAGCUCAACAGUGGGAUAUCAAAAUCUAUGGUGAAACGACGUGGCCCCUACAAAAUAGUUACUUAGCUGGAAUUGACCUUGAAAUUGAUAAUAGCGAAGAAAGGCCCAUGGACAUAAAUGAUGCGUAUCAAAUCGAUGACUCUUAUUGGGAUGAUGAUGAACUAGUGUUCAAUGAAAGUGAGAUCUGGGACCCGGGAUAUGCGCAUAGCUUUCACUUGGGCCACAGUGAAUAUUGGUGGAACACCAACAUCGACAAAGAAAUGUUUUACGGCACCAGAGUCGACACUGAGAACCCUAAAUGGCUCCUGCCCUUGGACGAUGACGUAGAAAUGGAUU